AUGGGAGAUACGAAAGACAAUGUCAUCAGUGAGCAAAGCUCUGUCCAUGAUGACAGGAAGGACAAUACUCUUCACUAUGCAAGUCGUGGCCAGGCUCUCAGCGAUGAGAGCACUGGUGCUGGCGAUAUUGCGGGAUUUGAUGCCGAGUGGAUGAGGGCACGAACCUCCCUAACUGCCGACGAAGAGAAGAAGUUAUUGCGUCGGGUUGAUUGGCAUAUUAUGCCUCUUUGUGCGAUAAUGUUCCUGCUGAAGAAUAUAGAUUCCGAAAAUGUCGCGAAUGCAAAGAUCAUGAACAAGGGAACAGACCGAAAUAUUCUGACACAACUCGGCAUGACCACGGAUCAAUAUAAUCUCGUUACGGUUCUCUAUUAUAUCAGUUGGGGAAUUGCCCUAGCCUGCCAUGCAGCAGUCAAAAAUAAAGAAGGACUGUACGCGGUGCGCUUCCUCCUGGGCUUAUUUGAAGCUGGGUUGUUUCCUGGAGUUAUUCUUCAAUUAUGCUACUGGUAUAGGCCUGAUGAGAUGUCGCUACGAUUGCUUUACUUUUUUUCUGGAUCUCAUGGACUAUCUGGUUGGCAAUGGCUCUUUCUAACAGAGGGUGUUAUCACCGUCGCGUUCGGCAUAUCUCUGAUAUUCAUAUUUCCUGAUUUCCCUCCUCAAGCCAAAUGGCUUACCGACAAAGAAAAAGCGUUCAUCCAAGCCCGAUUACCAGGCAAUGCACCCCGAGCCGAAGAGAUCAACUUCAACUUCCGCGAAAUCCUCGACUCACUGAGAGACCGCCGUCUAUGGCUUUUUACCCUAAUAUGGGCCUUCUUUACCGUGGGAACGCACGGUCUACGGUUCUACCAACCGACCGUGAUCGCCAACCUAGGGUUCACGGACAUUGCAACAUCCCAGCUUCUCAACAUCCCUACCUCCGUCCUCACAGUCAUCUGCAUCGGCGUUUUCGGUAUUUGGGCUGACAGCUCCCGUCUUCCCCGACCUCUUUACCCACUGUCUUUUCUGGCCGUCAUUCUAGCCUGUUACGGUGUCCUCUACAGCUUCCCCAGCAACGGCGCCGUCUAUGCCGUGACUGUCAUCGCCAAUGCACUAGGCAGCGCGUGGUACCCGUUGAUGUGGCCGUGGCGCGUACAAACCACGAGCCGUGCGACUGGCUCGGCCUUCUCCAUAAAGGCGUGGAGAGGCCAGGAGUAUAAUUGUCUGUCGGUAGUCCAACAAUUGUCCGGUGAAGCAAUAGCUCGUUCACAGUGCAUCUCUCGUUCGAUAAGACCAGCUUCAAAUAUAGUUCCAGGUGACGCUCAUCUCCAUAUCUUUGCCAUCAGCUCCGUCUGGCCAGAAGUUCGUAAAGACUGA